UCGCUAGACACGAACCGUGUAGUAGAGGCCCGCCCCGGCGGCUCAGCGGACAGUUCUCGGCAGGCCAGGUUCGCGUGCAGAUCACCACCAGUCACUCCACCUCGACAUGUCCCUCAGCAUGGAGCGCUUCGCGGGCCGCGUGGCCGUGGUGACGGGCGCCAGCAGCGGCAUCGGCGCGCAGAUCGCCGAGGACCUGGUGCGCGCCGGGAUGGUGGUGGUGGGCGUGGCGCGCCGCGUGGACCGACUCCAGGCGCAGGCCGCCUCGCUGUCCGGGCUCCGCGGCCGCCUCGAGCCGCUGCAGGCCGACCUCUCCAGCACGGACGAGCUGUGCCGCGUCUUCAAGUGGGUGGACGACAACCUGGGCGGCAUCUCCGUCCUGGUUAACAACGCCGCCAUCAUGCCUCUUGUGGCCAUCCCAGAUUUCGACCCAGCAGAGUCCGAGAAGCUUGUCUUCACCAACGUCUCGGCUGUGAUGAUAGGCUGCACUCUGGGUAUUGCGAGCAUGAAGAGGAACGGUAUCAAGGACGGACACAUAAUCAACAUGAACAGCACUGCUGGCCACCGCAUCCUCGCGUCCCCCGGUCUCGGGUCCGCCGUCGCGUACUGCGCCAGCAAGCACGCCACGGUGGCGCUCACCCAGGGACUCCGCGCCGACCUGCAGGCGCUCAAGGCGAGCGGCUUCAGGAUCCGCGUCACGAGCCUCAGCCCGGGCGCCGUCCAGACCGAGAUGCUGCCCGAGGGGUACCGCAAGUCGCUGCCGGAUGCCGACAUGGCACUGAGGGUCAAAGACGUGUCCACCGCCGCCCUCUACGUCCUCGGCUCACCACCCGCGGUUGAGAUCACUGAGCUGACCAUCCAGGCCACUGGAGAGUUCAUCUAAGCGCGGACAGGUGCGGAAACCUGCGAACAUGCGAACUCUGCCGUCUGCGACGACCACCCGAAUCUCGCCGUCAACUCUGCAAAAAUGUUUUGAAUAUCACCUGUGUUAUACAGAAAAGCUGCUUACAAUAAAAACCUUUCAAACACAAAAAA